UGCAUUUCAAGCGCGACAGUGUUGUCCUGUCUGCGAAGCGUGGAGACAGGACUUUUCCGAUAAAUUUGAUCCUCCAGUGCAGACGAGAUUCGAUUAAAUUUCUCUAAAAUAUUGUCGCUUUUGUGAAUCGCCGAAAUGGGAAUGAAUAUAAUAUCUUGUUUGUUGGUCGCUUACGCGAGUAUUUUGGUGCUAGCCCAGAGUAAUCCGCGUCAAGAAAAACAUCGUACGAGUGUCGGUAAUCUCGAGCCCGAAAGCCUCGAGCCGGAAAAUCACGGAGUUUCCCGACGUCUCGUUACGAUCCAGCGUGUCGAUGAAGAAUUAAUCGAAGCUCAGAAUCGGCAAGACGACGUUGAAAUAUUCAGCGGGAAUGAUGAAAAAAUAUUGGCAUUUGGAAAACGACUUCUUGAAAGUGUCACCCAUUACGGGGUUUUAGAGGACCAAGCGAAUCUCAUUGAAUCGGGACAGUACCGUAUCGACUGGUGGAAGAAGAAUCGACGCUUGGAGAAAACACGACAGAGACUUUACGAGGAACUCGCGAGAGCGCCCCGGCUGUACGAACACUUGAAUCGUCUCGGGUGGCGAACUACGUUGCAAAACUCUAUCGUCAAGAAGGAAAAAAAUUCACACCGUCCAGAAAUCAGACAGUCCUUCGUUGAAGCCAGCAGUAUCGAAGCGAAUUCAUUCCUGAAGAAAAUAAUGAAGAUUAACUUCCCGGAAUUGCUGAACGUCGGCACGACUCUGUCGGAACAAGAAACAAAAGACAGGCAACCAAUUAUAUUUGUUUACGUGAAAAUUAUGCUCGCGAGGCCGAGUGAAAUCGAUGGGAUCGAUGAUGCUUCGGUAAGCGACGUACCCGAAUCGCCGGUGAAAUUCACUCUCGACCCGGACGAGCCACGAGAUUUCGGGGCAUCAGAUGUCGACGUCGUCGACAUCGAAAGCCAAUCGCUGCCGAUUUCCAAUUCCAUCGACGAAUCAUUGUCCAGGUUGGAUUCGGGCGAGGAGUCGUUGGACCCUGAUCGCAUCCUCCAGUUGAUUCCUUUGGUCGUUGACGAGCUGCGCAACGGUCGUUUGAACGGCGAGGAGCGGCGCUCCUUGAGCUGGAUCUUUGGCAAACGUCUCUGGCAACUCUUGGAACGAGACUCGAGGAAGAGUCCGAAAGAAAUGAUGGACAGGGAUUUGGUGUUGUUUCUGAUGAAAGGAGAACUUCCGGCACGGACUGUGACGCGCUCCGGGCGAAGACGAAGACGAUCCCCACUGGAUGGGUUCAAAAAACGGACAAUUCUGGAAACUGUUGCUUAGGACGAUGACACGUUUGAAGAUUACUUUGAUUACGCCAGACAAGAGGCCUUUGGGUUCGAUUAUUCCAAGCCUGAUAACGAUGACGGAGAAACACGUGACGAGCCACGAGUCCUGGACAGCGAGGCGGAAAACAUCGACGAAUACGACGACGUGUUCGACAGUUUUUUAAGAUUUCGCGAUAUCUAGGAACGAGUUUUAUCGAUUCAAAAACACACUUUGAGCUUUUCAAAUCAGCCGUGUAUUUUAGAGUGCAUUAAAUUUAUGGAUUCGCUCGAAUAUUUUAGAAAAUGGGGAAAUCGUUGGAGAAUUAAAAACAUGAACUAGCGCGUUUCGUCACCUGCAAUAAAUCGAUCUAUUCCUACCGCGAUAUGAAUAAUUUUCGUGUUUUUUUUACGUACGAAUUAUUUCAUAAUAUUCUAACAGAACGCGAAGCGAGCCCUCCCCUCCGCGCGAACCGAGUGUUUGCACAAUUGUAUCGUGGAUUACACAGAUGCUACGAAUCGUGACACGUUUCGUCAUGUGAGUUUCACCAGGCAAUCGUUCUCCGAAGGUGUCCCCUCGAGAGAAUAGAGGAGUGAAAAAUUACAAAAACUUUCGAUCUACGUCUACGACGUUCGCACCUACGAGCAUGUAUAAUUUAUAACAAUGAAUCAUCCUCUUGAAUAAAUAAUAAAAAAGCACGAAA